UUGAACACAAAUAAAAGGUAAAAAGAAACCAAAGAUGGUGUCUUAAAAUUGAGAGUCCAAAUUUAAGUUUGAAUAGUUUUACUUUCUACUUUCUCCUUACCUACUAACUCUUCAUAAUCUUUUAACUUUGUAAGUUUUCUUGGCAAUAAUUUUGGGAUAUUUUAGUGUCUCCAAUCCAACCAAAGAUGAGAUGAAAUUAAAGUGGCAAAAGGUAAUCUCAUCAUGGCUCCCAUAGUAGAAGAACUCCAAUUUCCUCAACUUGAAAUACCUCUAAUCAUCAAUUCAAUUUCUCCAAUAUUACCAUCAAGUCCCAUCCCUCCAUCCUAUGGUGAUACCCUUUACCUCUCAAAUCUAGAUGAUAUGAUUGGAUCUCGCGUUUUUACUCCAACCAUGUAUUUCUAUCGAUCCAAUGGGAAAUCAAAUGUGAUGAUCAUCAAUGUGUUAAAAGAAGCUCUUGCAAAUGUAUUGGUUCCAUAUUAUCCUUUUUCGGGUAGGCUACGAGAAACAAAAGAUGGGAAGUUAGAAGUAUUUUUUGGGCCUAACCAAGGUGUGCUUCUAGUUGAGGCAUGUUCAGAGAUGACGAUAGUCAAUCUUGGUGAUUUAACUGUCCCGAAUCCUGCAUGGAAAAACUUGGUUUACACAUUUCCAAAUGAAGAACAAUAUAAAGUGAUCGAUAUGCCAUUGCUAAUAGCACAAGUAACACGUUUUAGCUGUGGUGGAUUUAGCCUUGGCUUAAGGAUUUGUCAUUGUCUUUGUGACGGGGUUGGAGCAAUGCAAUUCCUAAGUGCUUGGGCUUCCACCGCGAGAUUGAACAAAUUGACAAUCAAUCCAAAACCAUGUUGGGAUCGAGAGACACUUAUCCCUCAUGAUCCACCAUUGAUCCAAUACCCACACAUUGAAUUCAAAAGAAUAGACGAUGCAUCUAGCGUCACGAGGAGACUUAAUUUAGUCAAGCCUGUUCAAAAAUGUUAUCGUGUUACCCGAGAGUUCCAAGCUCAUUUGAAGACCUUAGUUGGUCCUAAUUUCUCAUGUACUACCUUUGAUGCAAUGGCAGCUCAUGUAUGGAGAUCAUGGGUCAAGGCACUAGAUGUUAGCCCUCUCGAUUACGAGCUAAGGCUAACAUUUUCAGUAAAUUGUAGAUCUAGACUUACAAAUCCACCACUCAAAUCAGGCUUCUAUGGUAAUGCAGUAGGUGUGGCAUGUGCUACUAGCAAUGUCUCGGGCAUCGUUAAUGAACCUAUCUCUAAUACCAUAUGUUUGGUACGAAAUGCAAGGCUUUCGGUUUCCGAGGCAUAUUUGAGAUCUACAAUUAAUUAUAUCCAAGUUAAUAGGCCUAGAAAGCUAGAAUUUGGUGGCAAGCUUACUAUCAGCCAAUGGACUAGAUUUUCAAUGCAUAAAUCUGCUGAUUUUGGUUGGGGAAAGCCUAUAUAUGCAGGUCCAAUUGAUCUCACACCAACACCACAAGUUUGUCUUUUUUUGCCACAAGGAGGUGGAGAUGAUGAUUCUGAUGGAACUAUGCUUGUCUGUAUUUGUUUGCCAGAGGAUGCUUCACAUAGAUUCACUGACAUUUUCUGUUUCUUACAUUAAUUCUAUUUAUUUGGGCCAACAACUUUGGCUUCAUUUCCAACUAUUGUUGCUUUUAUAUCCAAUAUUCAACAUGUAGUUUUCAUAAAAUUACAAUAAAGAACAUCUCUUUUUAUCCUUCUCUCAA